CAGCUGACGCCUAAAGUUGAAAAAAAAAUGAGGUCGACGAGGCAGUUUUCCGGCUUUUUAUUAAUAUUAAUUUUAAUUAAUAUAAUUGGCCAAAUAAACUCACAAGCCAAUGAAGUAAUUGGCUGUGGUGGUUUUAUUAAAAGCCAUGCCGAAAUUGACUUUUCCAAAGUUGAAAUCAAACUUUUGACAAAACAAGGCUCGCUGAAGGACAAAACUGACUGCUCACCAUCGAAUGGAUAUUAUUUCCUGCCCAUCUACGACAAGGGUGAAUAUCUAUUGAGCAUUUCACCGCCGCCCGGCUGGAGUUUUGAACCCGAACACGUUGAGCUGAAUUUCGACGGAAAGAAUGACGUGUGCAGUCAGGGCAAAGAUGUUAAUUUCGUAUUCAAGGGCUUUGGCAUCACUGGCAAGGUGGCUCUGGCCACUGGCAGCGGAGCACGUGAUGUCGAUGUUGAAUUGAAGUCAGAUCAGGGCGAGAUAAGACGCACCAAGACAGACAUCAAUGGCAUCUUCUUCUUUACACCGAUCAUACCCGGCAAAUACUUGGUACACGCCUCCCACCCCAAGUGGCAUUUCUCCAAAGCGGAACACAAUGUGGUAGUUGUCAGCGGCAACACAGAGCUGCCAGCGAACUCAUUGGUCGUCUCCGGCUUCGAUAUCAAUGGCAACUUUGAUAGAAGCUCCCAGCUUCCAGCCAACAUUGCUGUCGUGCUCUAUCGCAAGAAGGGUCAAACUCUUCAGCCCAAGUGCAACAAAUCCCCCACUGCGCCCGCAAAUAAACUGAAUAAUGACUACGAGAGCUCUGCCUCUUGUUAUGUGCUGGCGGAGAAAGGAGAAUACAGCUUUAAGGAUGUGCCAACUGGCAAGUAUCUGCUGCAGGCUGUCAACGAGAACUCGAAUUUGAAACUGCAUCUAACACCCAAGUUUGUGGAAGUGGAGGUUGGCAAGGACACUCUGCAGCUCAAGGAGGAGUUCAAGAUUAGUGGCUUUUCAGUUUCCGGUCAAGUUUUGCGCUCCGCUGGUGGUGCGCCUUUAAAAUCCGCCAUUGUCAAGCUAAACAAUGAGAAGGUGGCCGAAACCGAUGAUACAGGCAGUUACACAUUGGAAAACAUUAAGGCCGGCAGUUAUAAUAUUGAAAUUGAAUCACCAAAGCUUCAGUUUGAGCCGCUGCAAGUGAAGACGCAGAUUUCCACACCCACGCUGCCCGUAAUUGUACCUUCUGCUUAUGAAGUAUGCGGCAAAGUUGUCUCCCCCAAGUCAUUCGUCGUGGGCAUUACAAAAACUGGAUCCACCUUCCAUACGACGGUUACAACGAAGCCGGAGAGCGGCAGCUGGUGUGCAUAUCUGCCUGCUGGCAAAUACAACUUUGAAGUGCUCACCACGGAUGCGGACAAGAGCAGCGGCGUUCAAUUCUUCCCUGUGCAGCAGCAGUCCGAAGUUGGAGAUGCUCCCGUCAGUGGAAUUACCUUCUCGCAGUUGCGUGCCAAGAUUCGUGGAGAGCUUAAGUGUCUGCCAGAUGCCACCGCCACUUGUACAACGGCUGAGAUUACGCUACAAGGUCUGGAUGCCACUGGACAGCCGACGGACAAUAAAUGGAAGGCCAAGGCGCUUCGCGGAAAGUAUUCCUUUAAGGAUGUGCUGCCAGGUCCCUACGAGAUUACCAUACCACAGGGAAAUCUUUGCUACGAAUCCACUCGAGUCUUCUUAAAUGUUGCGGCAGCCGAAGAGAAUGCGCCUCCAUUCAUACAGAAAGGCUACGAAGUCUCCAUAAUUUCCAGCCAUCGUGCUCUGAUGAGAUAUACACAUGUGACAGGACCUUCUGAGCCUAAGGCCGCCACUGAAACCCUGAAGAUUCUAUCCGGCGUCAACACAUUCUGCGUUUCUAAAUACGGAAGCUAUGACUUUAAGCUUGAGGGAUGUCACAUAUACGAUGAUACGUUGCCCAGUAAAUUCAUCACACCUGAGCCGGAGCAGCUGCAGACAUUGAUUGUCAAUGCCAUUGCCCACAAGACAGGGGUGCGUGUCUUGUCCACGGAAUCAAAUGCAGAUUCCCUCAGAUUGGCUGUGGAAACGGAGACAAACGGCAAGCAAAUAAUCACCCCAAUUGCUGAAUCCCACAAGGUGGAUGGCAAAUACGCUUAUCGCUAUGAAACCUAUCUGAAACCUGAUGAAAUCAUGCACAUAACUCCAUUGAGUGAUGUCCUGUUGUUUGCACCACAGCAUCAACAAGUUGUGGGUGGCAGCGAUUGUGUGGAUAUUGCCUUUAACUUUGUUGCCACACGUGGUUUGAUUCUGCGGGGCAAAGUGGUGCCAGCCAUUAAGGAGGCAAAGGUAACGCUUAGUUUCCCCGAUCACCCAGAGCUUGUGGCAAUCGAUACCCUCACCUCAGUCACUGGAGAGUUCAAAUUUGGUCCCAUCGAUGAGAGUCUGAAGUUUGAGCUCAAGGCUGAAAAAGAAUCUUAUGUAUUCGGUGAAUACAAUCGUCAGUCGAAUUCAUUUAAUGCCCACAAACUGUGCGAGAUUGAGGUCACUGUUCAGGAUGAUGCUGGCCAACCGCUCAGUGGUGUCUUACUAUCUCUUAGCGGUGGUGAGAGCUAUCGCAAGAACUUGGUUACCGGCGAUAAUGGCGCUAUCAACUUCCAUUCGCUGUCCCCGUCACAGUACUUCCUGCGUCCCAUGAUGAAGGAGUACAAAUUCGAGCCCAAUUCCAAAAUGAUUGACAUCAAGGAUGGUGAAACCAUACAGGUUACCCUAACCGGCAAGCGCUUUGCUUACUCAAUCUUUGGAGCAAUUACCUCACUGAAUGGCGAUCCCUUUGCGGAGGUUAAUGUCCAGGCCAUUGCCACGGAGAGUUGUCAGCAUCAGCAGGAGGAGGCAACCAGCGAGCUCAGUGGACAGUAUCGCAUACGUGGACUACAACCUGGCUGCACUUACCUGGUGCGUGUGGUGACUGACGACGAGAAGGUGCAUCGUUCCAUUCCCGGAAAUCACACGGUCACCGUGGGCAAUGAAGAUGUGCGCAAUAUUAAUCUGAUUGCCAUCAAUCCAAUAAAGAUUGUGGACAUUACUGCACGCAUUGUGGCUUCACACAACGAUUUCUACAAAUCGUUACGCAUUGUGAUGUACAAACGAGGUGCAUCCGAUUCUCCUGUAUUCUCCCAGAAAGUUGCUUCUCCGCUGAAUCCUAAGGCUAGCUUUAAUCCUGGCAUUAUGGUUUAUUUCCCGCGCAUUCCUCUCGAUGGCAAGAGCUAUGUGGUGGAACUGCAGUCGACGCUGUCCGACAAGACGUACUCCUAUAAACUUCCUUCAUUCAGUUUUGUGGCUGACAAAUGUUCCGUCUAUGUGAAGCUGGAGUUCAAUCCGGAAGUGCGUGCAACUGAGGCUGAUCUCAAUCAGAAUUCGAUUGGUGCUUUGGUGCUCAUCGCCUUGGUGGCCAUUGCCUUCUUUAAACAGGAUCUGGCCGUCACCUUCCUCAGUUUUAUCUGGGACAAACUGAACGACAUCGUUGCGGACAUUGCCCAGCGACAAAAGGGCAAGACAAGCGUGAGGAAGAACGAGCCCAUUAAUCAGCGUGAGAUCGAACAAAUGGCCGAUCAGAUAAAUGCGAUCAAAAAGAGAAAAGUCAAAAAGAUUUAGUCAGAUUUAGUUAAAAAAAAAAUUCCAUCAAUUUAGUCAUCAUCGGUAUUCGGUAUUCAGUUUUGUUUAAAGUUUUAGCAUUUGUUUUAUGCCAUUUCCUCCACACUAAAAGAAAUUAAUAAUUGUAUGAUAAUUUUGUUUAAUAGCUGAGGCAAGUUUAUUUUGUGUGUAGAUUCAUUCAUCACUCUUAUAGCUAAAAUAAAUAAUUAAAUAAAUACAA